AAAAUGCAUCUAUUAAAGUAACAAAAACAUGAAUUGAUCAAGUUCUAGAUACUUAUAAAAAUAUAAUAUUUUACUAGGGUUUAGAAGCUAUUGCAAAUUAAAAAAAUAACCUGUCUAUAAAUAUAUUAAUGGAAAAUGCUUAUUUAAGUGCUAUAUUACAUCUAGACAUUGCGAUAGAAGCAUAUGGAAUUAUGGAAUCCAAUAUUCAUUUGCAUAUUGGUUAAAAAAUUCAUUAUAUGUAUGAAUUUUAUAUAAUAUGAAAUAAAUAGUUCGAGUAUACCUCUGAGUAAAAAGAAUAUUCUAUCAGUUUUACAUAGUAGGAUGGUACUUGUCCAUUGGGCCGCGGACAGUUCCUCUAAUAAAACUGCCUCCGUUUUUUGUCUCGGAGUUGAACUUAUUUUCUUUAUUGAAUUUUUGUGUUUUUGUGAAUUGUGUUUUUAUUCUUAAAAAAAUCAUAAGGGAUUAAACUGUUAUUAUGUUUUUAAACGCGACACGUAAUUUCAAAUUGUACAUUGCUCUGUUCCUUAUAAUAAGUGUUUCAAUAAGGUUUUACACAAACAUUGUCGAGAACGGCGAAAACCAUGCAUAUCAAUCGGUACGGUCCAAACUUACGUUACAACAACCUUCAAAAGAAAGACAUAUAUCAAGUUCGGAUAGAUCAAUGGAAACAAAAAAUAUUUCAGACAAGACAAAUAUUUUUUUAAGAGGAGAGACGAACAUGUCAGAGUUAACUGACAUAAGAUUAAAUGACGGGAGUAAAGGGUUUAAAUAUGGAGCACAGUUUCAAAAAUUUAAUACUUCACGUAUAGGAAACAGUAAAACAGAAGCUGAUAAUUGCACGAAGAAAGAAGUAUUAUUGUCUCAAACAAACUUGCCUAUCACAGGUUUAGUCAGCUUUCCAGGAUCUGGAAAUACGUGGACCCGACAUCUUAUACAGCAAAUGACAGGUAUUGGAACAUCCAGUGUUUAUUGUGAUGGAAGUCUCAAAGUGCGAGGUUUUCCGCAUGAAUGUCAACAUGACAUGACCAAAACCGUUGUUGUUAAAACACACGAAACACGGCACUUUAAUAUGUUCACAAAGAUAGUUUUGCUUCUAAGAAAUCCGUAUGAUGCCCUUCUUUCUUUUGCAAACUUUAAAACGGCUGGACACACGGGUCAUAUACCGGAAAAGGUUUUGAUUAAAGCAAGCAAUAGAUCGUUCGAACUCUGGUUGCGUAAGUAUGUCAAUCUGACAAGAAGCACAAUAAAGGCAUUUAAAGGACCAGUGCACGUUAUUCAGUAUGAAACACUUCAAACAAACAUGUCACGUGAGCUGAAAAAACUUGCGUCCUUCUUCGAUUUAAAUAUAUCUGAUAGAGAUAUCGAAUGUACAGUCAAACUUCAGGAGGGAAAUUUUCAUCGUUUGACAAACGAAAAGCAACAUGUAGAGCUUCUACGAGCCGUUUAUUCAAAAGAAAAGCUAUUACGACUACGUGAAGCAGCAAGGUAUUCUGAAAAAAUGUUAAAAGAUGCAUAUAAUAUAGAUAUUGACCUAGGUGGCCACACCGAAAAAAUUUUACUGCAAGGUUUCUAAUGCAUUUUAUGUUGUCUUUGUCUUAAAGCUACAAGCCUAAAGAAAAUUCUUCCUAUAUAAUUGUAUAUGAUGAAACUGAUUCUAAAUAAGUAUUAAAUGAAAUUAAAGUAAGGAAAAUGUCAAUUUAGGCAAUUCUAAUUUUACAAAUUGCAAAGAAAAAAAUACAACUGAAAUAUAUUGAGUUUAUUUUUGUUUGGUAAUAAAUAAAUAUAAGAACUCAAAUUUCAAUGGAUGCAUUGAGUAAGAAUGCAGAAUAGCUGAUAUUUUGAUAAGUCAUGAAUAUCAUGGCAUAAAUAGGCUGGUUCAAGCAGUUUUAAAAAAGUUUUCAGACUUUUUCAUAAAUAAAUGGUAGGCCUAAAAAUACAUUUUAUUGUAAAUGUUAUUGUAUUCUGAAAAAGAAAUUGGAAACUUGACAAAUAUUUAAAUUAAUUAUCAAAUUCAGAACUUGAAAUAAUAAAAUGCCGUUAGAAACUUGAAAUUGGUAAUGGGUAACUUUAAACAGAGCAAAGUCAAAACAUGGGCGACGAAUUGUAUUUAUUAUUAGAAUGUAAACUCUUAUAGAAUUCCAAAUAUAUUACAAUUUGAAACCUGAACUUUAUUAUGUGAUUUUUUUUAUUAUCGUCGCCAAAUAUUGACUCGAAAAUUGUGCUAAAUUUUGAUAAUUGUUUUUGAAAUAACUCGUUUCAUUUAGUGUAAAUGUUGUUAAUUCUCUUUCCUUGUAGAAUGAAAAUUGUAAGAUGACAUAUGUGAGUUAUAUGCUAUAAACCUCGCCUAUUUGUUUUAUUUAUUUAUUUUUGUUAAAUUUAUUUACGUCAUAUUUACAGUUAUUGUGUAUAAUAAAAAUCUUGAGAUCUUGAAAACUCUUGAAUCUUGUAUUAUUAGUUUCAAUUAAGACUAUGGUACAGUAGGGUGAACGUUUCAGUCUACACGCAAAACGCACGCUCUGGAAAAAACGCACGCACGUUACACGCCAAACGAACGAACGUUAUACGCACGAUAUACGAAACGAAAUACGCAGAUGCACUCAAAACGAUAUACGCUAAACGAAAUACGCUAAACGAUAUACGCACGCUAAAACGCACGCAAAAUGAAAACGUUUCUAAACCUUCAUUAAAAUAUCGUAAUCAUAUUAAAUUUUUAACAACUUUAGCUACAUGUAGAUCGUUUAGCGAUUAAUUUUGAUUAAAUGAUAACUAAAAAUGUAUUUUAAACGAGUUUAUGUUAGAGCUGAAAUGCACUCAACCUAGCACCAAAAUUAUUUUUUGUCACAGCCUCAACAAAUGAUUUUUUUCAGAAUAUAAGCUAUCAUGCGCUAAUAUCGAAAGUAAUAUAAUUAAACGUGUCCUUUUUAUGCGCA